UAGCGCGUUGUUCCUCCCUGAAGGAGAGCGGGCCAUCAGCGCCGUCAUUGGGCAGAUGGAAGGAGAAACGAGCCAAAGAGAGGCGUAAGAGCUGCAAAAAAGAACUUCCUUUUUUCUAUCUCCUUCAAUCGCCUAUCUUUUCAAUCUAAGUUCAGAUCAGAAAGCCCAUAUCCAGAGCGAAAAUUUCUGUACUGGAAAGAUGGCCGGCAGUCCGUGGAUUCAGCCCGUCACUUGUAGAUCUUUAAUUACCUUCCCUUCGAUUUGCCCUGUUCAUAAUUCUCAGAAUUUUAUCCCUCGUCUUCCCUCCAAACCUUCGAAGAAGAAGCUUUAUCAAGCAAGGGCAAGUUCUGCAAGUGCGGGUCAGAAUCCAUCAUCUUCUCCGAAGGGAAAGAACCCAUUGGCACUUGUACUCGAAGUUCCGGGGACCAUCUGGAAGCGAACUUUGCAACCACUUAGUGAUUUCGGGUCUGGUCGAAGUAGCAUCUGGGAGGGUGGAGUCGGGCUGUUUAUGGUUUCUGGGGCAGCUCUUCUUGCCCUCGCACUUGUGUGGUUGAGGGGGUUCAAUUUGAGGUCACGGUUCAGGAAAUAUCAGGCGGUGUUUGAAUUCUCCCAAGCUUGUGGAAUUUGCGUGGGAACACCAGUCAGGAUACGAGGGGUGACCGUCGGAAGUGUGGUCCAAGUUAAUUCAUCUUUGAAAAGUAUUGAUGCAACUGUUGAGGUUGAGGAUGACAAAAUUAUUAUACCUCAAAAUUCUUUGGUUGAGGUUAAUCAGUCUGGCCUUCUUAUGGAGACAUUGAUUGAUAUUACACCACGAGAUCCACUUCCUACACCAUCUGCAGGCCCCCUUGAUCCAGAUUGUGCCAAAGAGGGUCUUAUUGUUUGUGAUAAAGAGAGGAUAAGAGGAAAACAGGGGGUAAGCUUGGAUGAAUUGGUUGGAAUAUUUACCCGUCUUGGACGAGAAAUGGAAGAAAUCGGCAUUUCUAAAAGCUACAGAUUGGCAGAAAAGGUUGCAUCUGUUGUAGAAGAAGCACAACCCCUCCUUGCAGAGAUUGAAGCCCUGGCUGAAAAUAUACAGCCAUUGCUUGCUGAGGUUCGUGACAGUGGUUUGCUGAAGGAUGUGGAGAGUUUAACCAAAAGCCUGGCUGAUGCAACUGAGGAUUUGAGGAAGGUGCAGUCUGCCCUUUUAACUCCUGAGAAUGCUGAACUUAUCAGGCAGUCUACUUUCACACUUCUAUCUACACUGAAAAAUAUUGAGAGUGUAAGUUCUGACGUCUCAGGCUUCACGGGUGAUGAAGCUACAAGACAGAAUCUGAAGUUGCUAAUAAAGUCUCUUAGCAGGAUUUUAUGAAGAUUUCUGAAGCCUGACUGUUACCAAUACCAGCUAGACUCCUAUGUUAAACUUUUGACAGCAGAAGGUUACAUAUGGGAGGGGAAGUGGGAAGAGACAUCACGCAUGUCUACAAUUCUUAGGUCUGAAGUUUGAAAGAGAACUUGACCCAAUCUCUCUCUAAAAGAAACAUGAAGUUAUGAUAGGAACUUUUUUUCUUCAUUUCCCCCCUUUGUACCUCUAGAGUUUCCUUCAGUGCAACUGCUUUCAGGUCUCAUGCCGUGAUACGUGCAUGAGGCAGUUGGAGAUUUUUUUCGAAAAUUUUAUCAUGGAACAUUGUAGGAGUUGUCAAUCUUUGUGAGCAUGACUUUCUUUGAGUAGUCAUGUUUUCCAUCAAAAAAAGACUUUGGACUAGUCAUGUAUAAUUUUCUUUUCUGUCAUACUUGACCAUUUGGUAUUGUGAAUUGGCAUGUAUGAAGUUACCAUACCAAGCUUGCUGAUUUAA